UGGUCUCCACAAAUUGCUGUGUCUUGUGAGAGAUGUCAUUAAACCACAAGUAAGGCAGAAAGACAGAGAUGCAAGAGUGACUUCUUCUUCUCAUCAGCUGUUCGAAAGGAUUGAUAUGGAGGUGUUGAGAUUGAGGAGGACACAGUCCCAGGGGAGUCUUUCUGGUCCAGUGUCCCCCCGCUGGGAAAGAAAGUCCGUCUCUGAGCUGGUGCAACAUUACCAGAGCUGCGCAGACCUAAGGGGUUAUGAAAAAGCAGAGCAAAACAAUGAGUCGUCAGAAGACCGUGUAGACAGCCGAUGGAGGAGGCCAGACAGCAAGGGGAAUGUGGACCACUUGGGAACAGGAAGACUCUCUGGUCUCUCCCGGAGUCGCUCAGUGGACUUCCUCCCCCAGAAGGAGAUUUCGGGCACCAGAGCUCUGUGUGCACUGUUUGAGUCCAAGGCCACUCUGCAGCAGAGCUUCAACAGCAGCCCGCGACUCAAUGUGACGCCCAGCGGCCAGAAUAAAACGGAGAGAGACUACCCUCUGCAGGACAGGAGAAGUCAUAACACCCCAGAGAAGGACUCUUCCAGUCAGAGAACUACGCCGGUGAAAGGAUCAAAGGCUGUGAACGGGCCCCUGGUGUAUCAUGACAAAUCGUCCAGACUUUCAAAUGAUGACAAAUAUAAUCGAUCACUGACCAAAGGACCCACGCCACCAAGACAAGGCAGCGACAGGAAAUCUACUCCCUCCUCAGUGAGAGACAGAUCAGCUCUCUAUCAGUCCAGAGCAGAAGCUACUGACUCCACAGGAAGCUCAACACAGGCAGAAUUUAUUAGUACUCCAGGAAAAAGUGCUAAACACAGAAAGAUGGCUGAUGCAGCCAGGAACAUCACAGGCUCACAAUCAUCUCACAAUGAAGAUGACCUGCCUCUUCCCCCACCUCCACCUGUACCACCUAGACCCCUUGACUAUGAAGGGCCUUUUGAAUUAAGCAGCCUCCCUGUGCCUCCACCCAAAGAAACCUUCUCCACGUUCUACCAGCAACGUCAUAAGAGUGAGCUGAAGAGGCUCUUCAAACACAUCCACCCAGACCUUCGGGCAAGUCUCGAUAAUGUGGCAGAUGAUGAAAUAAUGAAGGUGGUGCAGUCAGAAAGCAGCCAGGCAGCAGACGCAGCUUAUCAGGGUGAAGUACAGUCCAUGAGAUGGAUCUUUGAGAACUGGAAUCUGGACAAUAUUGGAGAUCCUCAUGCAACCAAGAAACUGCUGGAUGAUGAGGAGUUAAAAGGUGGAGAUGUCAGAAGCACCUCUUCAGUCUUUGAGUACAUUGAUAGCACCAAACAAAUGUCUGCAAAAAGACAGGCUUCUGUCAGAGGAGAUGUAAGAACAUCAAUGUGGCUGUUUGAGACCCAGCCCUUAGACUCCCUAAAUGUAUCAAAAAGAGAAGAGGGUGAACUGGUUGAGGCAGUGCUGAAAGAACCCAUUCAACCAGGUGAUGUAAAAGGGACUCGGUUGCUUUUUGAAUCUAAACCAUUAAGCGACUUGGGACGCUGCAACUCUGUUGAAGACCAUAGCUUCCUGAAAUUGAGAUCUGAACUCCAGGAGCAGAAAGGAGAUGUUCAGAAGACCGUGAAACUCUUCCAAACAGAUCCUUGCUGUGCCAUCAGAGACAACAGUGGCAAUGUGCAUGAGAUUAAAUCCAUCUGCAGGGAGGAGAUCAACAGCAGCAACACCAGCACUGCCCGCUGGCUUUUUGAAACCCAGCCUCUGGACCUGAUUAAUAGGGGAACUGAUGGGGUGAAAAUUAUUCGGGGAAUAUCUCUGGAGGAGGGUCACAAAGGAGGCGUAGACCGAAAGAGGUGGAUGUUUGAGACUCAGCCAUUUGACACAAUACAAGAGGCUGUGGGAGUGGAUAAGUUUGAAGGAACAGUGGCCGACUACACAGGAGAGGCUGAUGUUGUAAACAAAAGGAAACUCUUUGAGAUGCAACCAUUGGCUGCACUAAAAGGAGACUCUCAAGAAAAGCCUUUAGAAAAGGAAGAAGUAAUUGGUGGAGAUGUCAAGACUUCUCUGUGGCUGUUUGAGACUCAGCCUAUUGAGGCUCUUAAUGAUAGCUAUGAAGUUGGAAGCCUGAAGAAAAUCAUUCUUUCAUCCGAAGAACAAGGAGAAGUAAAAGGCAAAAAACAAAUCUUUGAGAGCUGCAGCAAUCAAAAAAGCACCUCCAUAAAAGAACAAGAGAUUGAAAGGGGUGACGUGAAGGGGUUCAAGCAACUUUUUGAAACAAUUCCUUUGAGCAAAAUUGCUCGUUCUGAUGAAAUAAUUGAGAAGGAAACUGAUGUCACAGCCGGAAAUGUAAAAGGUAACCAAGCAAUGUUUGAGACAACUCCUUUAUAUGCAAUAAAGGACAGCUCAGGAAAUCUGCAUACAGUCACAAUAGUCAGCAGAGAAGAAUUUGUCAAAGGGAAAGUCAAUAACUAUAAGUGGAUGUUUGAGACCAAGCCUUUAGACCAGCUGGCAGAAGGAAAAGGAAAUGUUGAAGUAAUCAAAGGCAUCACCAGACAGGAGGACACCAUGGGCGAUGUAAAGACGGCAAAGUGGCUUUUUGAAACUCAGACAAUCGAUGGGAUCCAUUCCAAGUUCAAUCAGACAGAGCAAAACUCUUCUUCGGAAGAGGAACCUCGUAAAGGUGAUGUCAAGACCUGUAAAUGGUUAUUUGAGACACAGCCAAUGGACAUUCUAUAUGAUAAAUCGGAAAAACCUAAAGAUGCAGAAUCCAUUGACAACACAGAUGUGAAGUCCAUUACGUGGCUUUUUGAGACACAGCCUCUCAAUGGCAUCAAAGACGGUGAGGAGUACAAUUUGAAGCUAUGCAGCACCAUACAGGAUUCUGUGAAGUCAGGAAUUGGUGUUCAAACAGUGAAACACCUUUUUGAAACUGAAACUUUGGACAGGAUAAGAAAGGAUUCAAAGUCAGACCAAGACUCAAGGUGCAUCAGCCAGGUCAACUUUCAGUCAGGAGAAGUCUCACGAGUAAAAGAACUGUUUGAAUCCCAAUCCCUUGAUGAAAUAGGAUCAGAAAUGGUAACAACAUCUGGUGAGCAGAAAGGAGAGGAACACAUUGAAAAAGGCUCUGUACAUAAGUGUACAUGGAUGUUUGAGAACUGUCCAAUCAACCUGAUCAAUAAGGACAAUGAUGAUGCAAAUGUACAGAAAGUUCAUGGUCUUGAGUGUGGUGAUGUGCAGAACAAAAAGUUCAUAUUUGAAACCUCCUCACUGGACAAAAUCCAUGAAGAACCCCUUGAGCAGAAGUCAGCUUCUGUGGAACCCCCUGUGAGCAACGUGGAUGUGAAGUCAAGCACCAUGAUGUUUGAGUCCCAGCCUCUGUAUGCUAUUAGAGACAAAGAGGGCCAGUUUCAUGAGGUGACAACUGUGAAAAAAGAAGAGGUAAUGAGUGGUGACGUAAGAGGAGCAAGGUGGAUGUUUGAGACCAAACCCCUUGAUGCCAUCAAGGCAGAGAAUGAAGUUUAUGUGAUCCGAGCUGUCACCCAAGAAGAUGUCAAGAAAGGCGAUGUCAAAUCAGCCAGAUGGAAGUUUGAGACACAACCUCUGGACUCCCUUGCCCCCAGAGAUGAGCCUUAUGUCAAGGUUACUGAAGACUUUGGAAGCAGUAAUGUGCAUCUCAAUAAGCAGCUAUUUGAGUCUGAGCGGAACAACAAGUUUGUGAGAAUGGUUAGUGUCACUGAUGUCCAGCGAGGUGAUGUCAGGACCUCCACAUGGCUCUUUGAGAAUCAAGCUAUUGACACUCUGAAAGGGGAACCUCUGGGGCAGGAUUCACUAAAAACAGUUCACAGGGAAGAUAGCCAGAAGGGAGACGUCAAACGCUGCACCUGGUUGUUUGAAUCGCAGCCUCUGGACAAGAUCAAAGAGUCAGAAGAUACCAGUGCUGUGCAAGGAGUUGAGGAGAUACCAAAAGCUGAUGUGAAGUGCACUACCUGGCUCUUUGAGACAACUCCACUGGACAAAAUCACUGCCGGUAGUAUUGCUGACACCCUUUCACAUUUGUCCCAAUUGACAUUUGUUCACUCAAGUGGCAUCAUAAUAGAAGCAAAUGAGAACAGAAAUGUUAACAUGGCAAAAUAUGUGGUUGAAAGCACUGAGGGUGUGCAAGUUCAGAAAGAGGAGGUUGUUAGGGGCAACAUCAGGAACAUCAUGUUACAGCUCUUGCUCAAACCAACUCUCAAACCGCAAGUUACUCUUCUGAGGGAAAUGGAAAAAGGUGACGUUAACACAACGGUAGUAGAGCUUCCAGUCUUCCAGCCAACUGCCACUACAGAUUUUGAGAGAGAUCAAAGAAUACAAAAUAUUGCCCAGCUGAUUGAUGAAUUUCUUGUUCCACAUAAGCAUUUGAAAAAGGGAAUCAUAAUGCAAGAGACUGCAGAGGGACAAGCAGAGAUGUCUGUUUAUUCACUUAUCUGCAGUCAUGAACUCAAACCUGACAGUCAAGUCACUGAGAAGGGAGAUGUGAAGUCUACAAUUGGAAAUUUGUUGGCGACGGCCAGUAGUCAGAGGACUGCAGCAUCAUGUCGAGUGGAUGAAAAUGAGAAGGGAAAUGUGAAUUUGUACAAAAGCUGCAUUGAGAAAGGAGACCUGCAUUACCUGAAGAGUCUUCAUGCUGAGGCAAUCGAUGAUGAAGUUGAUCAUGGCCUUCUGGCUAAGGAGCAGAUUGAAAUAGUUCAGGGAGGCGUGAAGGAAGCAAAAAAGAGCCUUUGUCAGCAAAAAGAGCAGGUAGAGCGAACCAUUUCUGAUGUUUUGCCAGGAGAUGUAAAGAACACCAAAAAGGUGUUUUCAUCGAAUUCCUCUGCCAGUGCUGAUACCUGUAUUCAAAAGGAAGAAAUCAUCCCUGGAGAUGUUUCAUCUGCAAAGCAGCAACUCUCAGUGAAGCAACCUAUUGCUGUAGAAAAAGAGGAAAUUGUGGCUGGGGACAUCAGGGCAACAAUGCAGUCAUUAGAGCUUGCAAAGCAACAGAGCUUGUGUGUGGAGCGUGAGAUCAUUAAACCUGGAACUAUCUAUGACAUGGAUCUGUCAGCUCAAGGUCCUGAAAUAGAAGGAAACCAGGUGCAAAGGGAAGUCAUUAUAUCUGGUGAUGUGAAAGCUGCUAAAAGGUCUCUUGAAAUGGCUAAACAGCAAAGCAUGCAAAUGGAGCGCGAAGUCACGGUUCCUGGAAAAAUAUACAACCUGAAUGUGUCAUCGGAAGAGGAAAGCUCUUCAGCAGUGGCACAGUCUACACGGUCAACCUCCUCCAGAUGCCAGCAAAUCAAGACUUAUCCAAAGGUCAGUGAAGCAGAGAAAGAUCAGGAAAACCAUGUUUCCUUUGAGACUUGUCAGCAAAGUACAGUUCUAGUUAGUAGUUGUGCCCCACACUCACUGCCACCUUUUGUGAAUUGUGAGUUUAACGUCCACGCAACUGAAGAUGAGACAGAGGAAGUUAUCAGAGGAGAUGUCAAGGCAGCUAUUAGGUCUCUGCAGAGUGCAUCAACAGAGCAGAAAUUUCUAGACAAAGAAAAUAUUGUAAAAGGUAAUUUGCAAUUGGCUCUGGAAUCUCUUGAGAAGUCUAGUGUAAAUGUAUCCAAAGGAGACUAUAAGGCUGCAUUGCUAUACAGGAAUUCAGGCAAGGCUUGUUCAGAGAGGAGCAAGACUGUUCACAAGCAGUGUGUUGUGGUGUCUGUGCCUCCGUCUGACACAAACUUAUCUCCUUCAAUUUCAGUAACCUGUGAAGGACAACCAGCCAUUACAGCACAGAAUUCAACCCCCAACCCUGUAGCAAAUGGAAACUCUAAAGCACCCAGGUGUGAGAAUGCAACAGCACCUCCACUCCCUCUAAAGACUGAGAAACUGCAGGAGCAGAAGCCAGCACUGCCGCCAAAGCCACAGUGGACACAAUCUGUAGUUAUAGAACAACCGAACCAGCUGUCUUCUCCCAAAGUUGUUUGCUCUAUGAAAAGCAAAAUAAAAAACACAGUGAUUCCUCAAAAACAAAGUCAACAAUUUAGUACACAUCCCAUAGAAAAUCUACAAGAAACCACAACACAUGUCAAAGCCAGUGUAGGGACCUUACAUGAAACAUACCAUCAAAAAUGUGGUGGUGAAACAGAGCAGGACACAAAUCAAACAAAUGGACUUCCACUGAUGGACUCAAAUGCUCAGGAAAUUGGGGAAAAGAAAACAGUUGCAGUGAACAGUGAAGUGGAAAUAGAGAGAAAUGUGAUACAGAAAAUAAAUGCGGCAGAGGAGAUAAAAAUGUGUAUGGAGAGCUACACGAACGAUGGUAAACAUGGAAUGAACAUGAGCUUGCAGGCUGCUGUGCAAAACUUUGAAAGAAGGGAAAGUAGUACUUUGGACAGGGGAGUUUUUCUGUCGAAGAAGGUAAAAGUUAUGAAUGCUAAACACACUGACAAAAACACAGCUCAAAACGCACAACACAAAUUUCCCCAAAAACCCAAAACUGACGAGCAAACAUCGGGGACAAACAGUUCAGUUGCUGCAUGCCAGAUGCAGCAAAAUGAGCUCAACCAAAAACAAGAAAAGGUUGAGAAUAAAGUUGUUUUAAGAGAGAAGAAAGUAAGGGAGACAGAAGAUGAAAGACGCCAAAGGCUUUCUGUUCACAAAGAGGAGAUCAUGAAAGGAAACGUGAUGGCUGCCAUGGAAAUCUUUGAAAACUUAAGGAAACGAGAUGAACUUAAAGGAAUCCUGUCGCAAGUGGAAGAGAUUGAAGGCGAGACCAGCAAUGUAGACACUAGCUCCUUGAAGACAUUGUACCAGAAUGUCCCUUCUUGGAUGGUUACACCAAGAAGACAUGCUAAGAAAAGUAAAAUGGAGGAAAAGAAAGUCGAUGUAGAAACACAGGAGGAUGAUCUUGAAAGCAUCUCCUCGGUCGAGACUGCAUUUGAAGACCUGGAGAAGGCAAGCAAGGAAAUAAUGACUCUGAAGGAAGAGACUUUAGCAAAACUUCUUGACAUCGAAGAAACCAUUAAAAAGGCAUUGUAUUCUGUCUCAAAUCUAAAAUCUGAAGCUGAUAUCGCCAGCUUGUCGGGAUUGUUUGAUGAAUCUUUAAAAUCUGAGCAAAACCUUCAACCUGCCAACAACAUCAGGAAGAUCAGUAUUGUGUCGAGCAAGGCCAAAUCAAGCCAAACCAAAGAGACAACCGAUGUGAAGCUCCAAACAGAUCUGGAUUCAAGUCUUUCUAGAAAAGAAGAGCUCAGAAGAGGGCACAAUAAACCACUUAUUAGACAGUCUUCCUCUCAGUCCUCUCCAUCAUUUAUCUCCAUACAUUCAGCUGCCAGAAAACCUACCGAACAACCAAAGUCAACCAUGUCAACAUUUAAACCAAGAACAGAGGCCAGUCCUCACGGAUGCUAUAAUGCUAACAGCGACCUGGAGUCUGCUGCCACCGAGUCCACAAAAAAUGGUCAUAGUCCACAACGCAAGGUCAGUGUGCUUGAGUUGAAGACUGUUCCAGAGAAACCCCCAGGAAUAAUUGGCACAAAGACUGUCAGCGAAACAUAUGAAGAAACUGAUGGCUUUGGCAAUGUGUUCGUUUCUUCAGUGACUUCAACAUUCGUCACCAAACAGUCUGACAAAAAGACAUCUCCCAUGUUUGAAGUAGUUGGCAGUCCACCCAGAUAUGAAGUCAUGACAUCACCAUUAAUGCGAAGAGCUGGCCGCCCUUUUGAAGAUAAACUGCUGAGCAACGCCAAGGAGGAAGGGACAGUAUUUGUAACAUUUAGUCAACCAAAGGAAAACCACUAGACAAGCCUCUUAUCAGUGUGUUUCCCAGUUUUUUAAGUUUGGGAAAGCAUUUACUCUAUUUGUGAAUUUAUCCCAUUAUGUUUUAAUGAAACUUUUUUGUUGGUCAUAAAACUGAUCUUAUGAAAUGAAAUGUUAACUCUAACUUGCAAAACAUUUGUCUUAUAGAUUUUAUACUGUAACCACAAUAAGUUUAAAAUUCUUUUAUUAAGGUUAAGCAUAUAGUUAACACUGUAUGUUGUGUUGUGUAAAUUGUCAAAUAAAGGACAGCUUAAGAGA